AUGCCUGGGCUACCUUCAUCCGUCGAUCUCGACGAGUGCAUCUCGCGCUUGUACAACAAGGAGUUGCUAGCCGAGUCUGUCAUCGAAGCAGUCUGCGCCAAGACGAAAGAACUUCUUAUGCGCGAGUCCAACGUCGUCCAUGUUAAAGCGCCCAUCACUGUUGUUGGAGAUAUCCACGGCCAGUUCUUCGACCUAAUCGAGAUUUUCCGCAUCGGCGGCUACUGCCCCGACACAAACUAUUUGUUCCUUGGAGACUACGUUGAUCGUGGCAUGUUCAGUGUCGAAACAAUAUCGCUACUCGUUUGCUUGAAAUUACGGUACCCUAAUCGCGUACAUCUUAUUCGAGGAAAUCAUGAGUCGCGCGGUGUGACGCAGUCAUAUGGCUUCUAUACAGAGUGCUCGCGCAAAUAUGGUAAUGCCAAUGUGUGGCACUACUUUACAGACAUGUUCGACUUUUUAACUUUGAGCGUUGUGAUCAACGAUCAAAUAUUCUGCGUCCACGGAGGCCUUUCCCCUUCUAUCCAUUCUAUCGACCAGAUCAAAAUUAUAGACCGUUUCCGUGAGAUCCCCCAUGAAGGUCCCAUGGCCGAUCUCGUCUGGUCUGAUCCUGACCCUGAGCGCGACGAAUUCUCCCUUUCACCCCGCGGCGCGGGGUACACUUUUGGAGCACAGGUUGUUAAGAAAUUCCUGGCUGUAAACAACAUGUCGCAUAUCCUGCGCGCCCACCAGCUCUGUCAGGAGGGCUUCCAGGUCCUUUAUGACGAUCGUCUCAGCACUGUCUGGAGUGCGCCCAACUACUGCUACCGUUGUGGAAACAUGGCCAGCGUUCUCGAAGUCAGUGACACGGGUGAACGUUUUUUCAACGUUUUUGCCGCUGCGCCCGAGAACGAUGUCCAUAAGGACCUUCAACCCGGAAACGAAAAGUCUGCCGACGGCAAUGCCUUGCCAGACUACUUCUUAUAG